AUGUCCAGAGCAGCGUUUCGCACCCUCGGGGCGGAGGACGAAGAGGAGGAUGACCCCCGCAAGCACGACUGCAAGGGAAAGCUGGACCAACGAGAGGCAGUCUUCAAUUUCAAACAGCAGAAGCUGCAGACAGACAUGGAGAUGUGGUUCAUGGAGGAAAUACCCGAGAUUUAUGGCGCAGACUCCGACGACCUUGACGAGUCUUUGCAGGAAGAUGCGCAGGCAGAGAUCAUCGCGAAGAUAUGUUCUACGGGAGACUGCGAGGCAAUGCGACAGACUCUGCUCGACUGGCUGGUUCAAUGUCCAGAUCCACACAGGCGAGAUGAUUUCGUGGGCAAAGCUGUUUCGAUGGCGCUGAAGGUCAACAUGGCCGGAAGAUCGCAGAAGUGA